AUGGAGCUUCUUUCGCUGCUGGAUGAGGUUUCCGAAACCUCCAGUCGUCCUAAAUCUCGGACUUCGCUUGAGACCGAUCUCAAGCGCAUGCUGUCUAUCCGCACAGUUGUGUCCACUAAUUCUUCAGAGGCCGCACAAAACUCAGACCACGACACUUAUACCAAGAUCGGCGCGGGAGCUUGUGGCGCUAUCUUCUCGCUCGACGGAAGUACGACAGCAAUUAAAUUAGGCAAAGUUGCCGAUUCAAUGGAACUCUGGACCGACUACAAAAUGCACAUCAUCAUCAGGGACGCCGUUCUUAAGCAUAAAAUCAUCAACGUUUCGGUCCCAGAGAAUCGUGGCUUCAUCAAGGCGGACCACAAGAGCUUCUGGCUCAAAAACACCGCCGUUAUAGACGCCGCUAAGAAAGACAUCAACUUUCCUACCGAAGGUCUUGUGGCCGAGCGUAUUCUCCCUCUUGCAGAACCAGUCCGUAAACUUCUGAUUGAGAAGUUUUGCGCGCCAAGAAUCCGCGCCAAAGCACAUGCUGACCCUGCAAACAAAGAUUGCUUGAUUCGUCCGUAUCUUGGAUCCUUGGAGGGACGAACUUCAACUCUCUUCUUUUCACUGCGUAACUUCAAACUUCACUUGAACCAAAUAGACGAACUUGGUCUCGAUAUGGUCGAGAUCGCCAAGGACAUGGGAGAAGUUCUCGCGGUCAUGCACUGGGAGGCCAGAACUGAUGCGAGAGACGUGGAGUUUGUACUCGGAAGCUGCGCCGUGUCAAUGAGGCAUGUCCACAACGAAACCAACUUCAGAGACAUGCCGAAGCCAGCCAGAUCGAUUGCACCCGAGUCAGAGGACAUCAAGGACUUUACCCAACGCGCCACGACCCUAUGGCUGCUGGAUUUCAAUCAAGUCAGAACCAUUUCCUUAGAUGCUGCUGGAGUCGCCGUCGCUAUUGAUGCCUUCAAAGUCAAUGACCCCUACUUCCCUCGGCCGCUCCUCUCGCAUCCUCGCGCAGGACAGCUAUGGAAUGCAUUCGCUACUAGCUACCUAGACAUGUCGGUCAAUAUUCUCGGACACGGAAAGCUGCCUAUUCUGUUUCUCAAGGGUGUGAUCAACAUGCAGCGCGAGAAGAAUGCGAAGAAGGAGAGCAAGUCUCGGGAUACCUUGGACGGCGUUGCGCCUGUGUAA